AUGUCCGACUUUCUAGGCAAAGACGCAAUGCCUCGACCAGAACAGUCACUCAGGACCAUGCAGAAGGCUAACGGAAAUGGUCUCGAUAAAUCAAAGAGAAUCCCAGGAUAUAUGCCUGAGCCUACACCUGCACCACCCCUUGCCGACGCAGAACUGGAAAGAUACUCAUCUUUGUUUGAUUUCGAUGUCGAGAAAUUUUUAGAUGGUGAUUGGACGGGAGAAUUAACCGAUCACUUUGAUCAUGUCAACGCGAUUAGUUCAAAUCCAGAGCUAAAUGCUUCCCCUUUUACGAUCAAUGAGCAAUAUCCGAUUGUAACAUCGUCCUCUUCUGCGAAUGCGCCAAGCACUGAGCCAAAUACCGCUGAUACGCAACCAGUCGAUAAUCCAAAUCUCGAAAACUUUAGAUUGAGUCAAGAACAACAAGAUGAAUGCUUGAACAUGUUGAAUGAAACAAGUCCUGAGGAGAUCAAUCUAUGGUGUGCUGAUGCAGCGCCGACUCUAGCGAAUCCUGAUGGACUUUCCACACAAAAUGUAGAAGAAAGAUUUCCCAAUUUCACCGAAGAAGAUCAAGCGAUAAUGGAGUCAUUUGGAACAGCUGUCGCUGAAGAAAUCUCCGCGAAGCAUUCAGCCCAGGAUGAACUGAACAUGACUUGUUCUCGAACUUUGCAGGCGUCUCCUACUCAAAAUGCAGUGCUUCAAUGUUCAGAGCAAUUAGGCGGUAUUAGUGAUACAAAUAGCCUCGAAUUCCGAACUUCCAAUCGCAUUCAACCCAAGGUUAUCGUCAAAACACAAAAUGAAUUGGACUUGUUGGUCGAAUGGACUGAAAAGAAGUAUUCAUCGGGUAUUCCGAACUUCAAUACAUACGAUGAAACCUUUUUGUCAGCGCAAACCACACCUUUAUCACUAAUGAACCAUACCGUAAGCAAUGAUCAGGGAUCAAAAUCUCAAUCAUCAAUUAGGCUUCAGGAGUCAGCACCUGUUAUGACUGUUCAGCGACCAAAAUUUCGUCAGAAUCAAGCCGGAGCCGCUCAGAAUAGAUUCGAGCAUAAUUCAUUAGGUGGUCGAGGAGAAUAUGAUGAGUAUAGUCGGGUCACGCAAAUGCAGAAUGAAGAUGAUUUGAUAUAUGCUCCACCACUGGAUCAGUAUCCUGAUCUAUCCCAUGGAGAAUUCGGCGCGACUGACGCCCCACAACCCUACCCUUGUCUUCAAGCAUUUAGCAACAAUAACCUCAGAGCCGCAAUGGAAAUGCAACAAGCAGGUAACGACCCUGCUGGUACAGAGAACAGAGUUGAUAAUACCAACGGUUUGGUAACUCAACGUAACAGAAAUGACCAACGUGUUAAAACUAACCAAGGUUCAAGGAAACGAGCUAGCUGGGAAACGCGGCCUGAUGCUGCUAGACCUAGAGUACGAAUGACUGAGGAGGAAUUUCAGUGGCUGCGACCCAAUGCAGGACCACGUGAUGUUUUUGAAACUCAGCGAAAGAAGGAUGCGGAGGAGAGAUUGAAGGAAGAGGGAGAGGCAGACGCACUUGAGAAGGCGGGGAUGCCUAGGCCUCGACCCAAGCAGCAGAAGCCAUUCAAGGGUGGUAUCCAUAUCGAAGUGUGGGAGAAGGAAAGAUUAAAUGAUCGCCGUCGUGCCCAGGGAAAGUCAGGUCGUGAUCUAUUUAUGGAAAAACCCAAGCUUCGCGGGAAGAGAAAGGGUCGCGAAAUGUCGGAGGCAGAACCACAACCUGAGUCAAAGAAAAUCAAGCCGUUCGAAUUACAAUCUGAGACUAGAGAGAUGAAUGAGGGAUUGGCCCAGGCCGCAUAUGGCAGUUCGAUCCCUGCAGUCGGAUUCAAUCGUGGGAUGAGUAUCUACCCAUACCCCAAUGCAAAUCCUAUGACCAGCCAGAUGAACGAGGGAGUGACCAGCAGCGGCCCUAUCCACCAUAACUAUAUCAACAAUUAUGGCAACUGUUAUGGCAAUAGUUAUGGGAAUAGUUAUGGGAAUAGUUAUGGGAAUAAUCAUGGCAACAAUAACUACACAGGCAAUCAUUAUACAGACCCCUCUUUAGGAAAUGGCCUGAUGGGCUCUGGAAUAGCACGAAACAGAGCCUUGGGCUCAAUGCCUCCAUUCAGUGCUGCUUAUCCAUCCAUGGGCCAAGGCAGUCCCCCCGAAUCUGACGGAGCACAGCAAACACGGGCUGCAUACAGCCGUCACCGGCAUCCCGAAUCGUUCCAUAGUCGACCAAAACAAAAGACUACAGCCAUCUACGGUGAAAAUAGUAUUUCACCUCCACCGUACGCAGAAUCAAUCCGACAAUUUACGGAUUUCCAGCCUCAGCCCCCACAACGCCCAACUGCGCCAAGGAAUGGAACCAGAACAUCGGCAACUCAAGCUGUCAUGAAUCCUGCGAAUUCACCAUUAGUAAAUGGUGGUAAUGGCAUUCUGCCUCAUCUAGCUGGACAAAAUGCGCAGGUCCUUAGAUCUAAUGAUCAUGUAUACCAUCCAAAGCAACCCAGAGGAAUGCAAUCGGUUUCCGAUAGCUUGAUUGAUCCAAUGCUACAAGCUUAA